CGGUUCCACCACCUCCACCUCCACCACUCCAUCCAUCACCACGUCUCGCCCCUCGUCCAUUCCUUUUUCCCUCCCUCCCUCGCCUGCCUCCACCUCCACCUCCACGGGCGUCGCAUCACAACGCAGGCGCACCCCCAGCAACCUCCUCCUCCACCACCGCAGAUCGCGCUGCGAAUCCGCCCGCGGGCGGCGGCGGCGGCGAGGACGCGAGCCCCAGAGGAGUACGGAGGAGCCUUCGAUCUAAUAGGUGCGCGCCGCGUAAGCCUUCGCCUGGCCUGGCCAAGCUCUUCCGCGCGAUUCGCGUUUCGCUGGGGAACGCGACGCCGCGGCCCGCCCGCGUGGUGGAUUUUCAUUUAUAUUCGUAGGGGCACGCGGAAAAAAAAAUAAUGUGGAGGUUCAAUCCCUUCGGGGGGAAAGUACAAAAUGGAUUGGAAGGUCGCACCAUUGAUGUUGGCAACAUUAAGAUUACAGUACGCAAUGCUAUUGCACAAGGAGGUUUCUCUUGUGUAUAUCUGGCAUCCGACGCAAUGCAUCCAUCAAAGCAGUACGCAAUGAAGCACAUCAUCUGCAACGACUCAGAAUUGCUUGAUCUUGUAAUGGAGGAGAUCCAGGUGAUGAACCUCCUCAAAGGGCAUCCUAAUGUGGUUACACUAGUUGCCCAUGAUGUUUUUGAUAUGGGCCGCACAAAGGAGGCACUACUUGUUAUGGAGUUCUGUGAGAAGUCCUUGGUUAGCGCAAUGGAGAGCAGAGGUACUGGUUAUUAUGAGGAGAAGAAGGCACUUUUGAUUCUCAGAGAUGUAUGCAAUGCAGUUUUUGCUAUGCAUGGUCAGUCACCACCAAUUGCACAUAGGGAUCUGAAAGCUGAAAAUGUUCUUCUUGGAUUAGACGGUGCAUGGAAAUUGUGCGAUUUUGGAAGCACAUCAACAAACCAUAAAUGCUUUGAUAGGCCAGAAGAGAUGGGGAUUGAGGAAGAUAUCAUCCGGAAGCAUACAACCCCAGCAUAUAGGGCCCCUGAGAUGUGGGAUCUUUACAGAAGAGAAGUUAUUAGUGAGAAAGUCGAUAUCUGGGCCUUGGGGUGCCUUCUAUAUAGAAUAUGCUACUUCAAGUCUGCAUUUGAUGGAGAGUCCAAGUUGCAGAUACUUAAUGGCAAUUAUCGUAUUCCAGAGCAACCCAAGUAUAGUGCCGCUGUCACAAAGUUGAUCAAAGAUAUGCUGGAAGCCUCUCCAAAUGACAGACCUGAUGUCACGCAGGUCUGGUUUCGUGUAAAUGAACUACUACCUCUCGAGUUACAGAAAAAUCUACCCGAUGGAGCUUCGUCAGGCAUUUCCAUGAGUUUGCAAGAUGAAGGUGCUUAUAAAAGAACACAUGUGAUGCCUAGAAGGAACCCGCCUCCUCCUCCAAUAGAACAAUCCAAUAGUUCGUUAUCUCAUGGAAGCUCAAAGGCAGGAGAUGCACCUCUAGGUGCAUUUUGGGCAACACAGCAUGCACAGGGUUCUCAAGUUGCAGAUAAUAGGAACUCUUUGUUUGAUGAGGAACCAAUAAAACCAUCACCUUCAUCAAAGCAUAACCAAAGCAGAGGGGAUAUCAGCAUCAGUGCCCCUGGAGAUAGACAUGGUCGUUCUGGCCAGGCUGUCCGGGGUACACCAAGUAACUCUGUAUCAAACAAUGGGCUUGCAAGUGGUGCUAACACAAAUCUGUUCAUGGAGUCACAAAGUUCUUUGAAAACUAAAGAAUCACAACCAAAAUCAGAGAAGGAUCCCUUCAACAGCUUUGUCGCUGAUUUUGAAGCAAACAAUCUCCAUUCUGGGACCAAUGUUGCUAGUAAGGAAUCUGAGCUUGAAGCAGAAGUGUCCAAUCUGAAGGAGCAGUUGAAGAAAACAUCAUCAGAGAAGGCCGAGAUGACAGCCAAGUUUGAAAAGUUGUCUGCAAUAUGCCGCUCCCAGCGCCAGGAGAUUCAAGAGCUCAAGCGCACUCUUGCCGAGACUACACCUCCAUCAAGCAAAGUCAGCUCAAGAUUACCAGACUCCGGGCCACAGCGUAAGGAGAAGAUUGAAGGAACGGUGUGGGAGCUUGAGCAAGGAAUGCUCGCAAACUCAUUACCUAGCUCUGAAGCCAAAACAUGGCAGGCAUUCCCUGACCCCAAAUCUCAACCUGCUCAGGUCAGACCAAAGGUUGAUCAUUCUACCAAUGGAGCGCAAAACCUGGCAAGGAACGCAAACUCAAGACAAUCACCAGAUGGUUGGGGUUUCGGGCCAGAUAGUUUCAGGACAUCACCAGGGAGUACUGCCGCUCAGAUCAACAGGCCCACUGCUCAGGGGAGUUCCUCCCAGAGAUUCAGCUCAGGAGCAGCGAAGAAAGUGGAGCAACCAUCAGGGUGGGCCGGAUUCUAACUUCUCGUGGCCAUUCGGCAAUUGUCCAUUCUCAUUCCGAACUACUAGCUGCCCUAUGCUGCAAUUGCGAGUUGAAGAUUGAUGAGUGUGGCUAUGGUUCUUGCCCUGGCGUAGGGUGCCAUGAUUGGUUAUUUUCAACAUUGUUCAUAGUUGGUCAAGCCGACCUAGACAUUGGUGUUCUGCGGCCGUUUUGCCAAUACCUUGUCAAUAAACACAUCUUCAAAUCUAAUUACAACGUCUGUAUGUACUUUACGUGUGAAGCAUGAACACGUGAUGGCAAUGAGCCCUGGCACAACGCACAACAGCCAUGCCAUUUACAUGCUACCUCGGUACUCCAUAUUCAAUC